ACCAGCGCGGUGCUGAGCGUGUGCCAGGCAGCCGAGAGCUCCAUUCGGGCCGCAGGAAGGGGCGGAGCGCCGCCGGCCGCCGCGAUGAGCGGCACCGGAGCCGCGCUGCGGGGGCACCACGCGGCGCUGCGGGAGGGGCUGUCGGAGCUCCGCGCCCGGCGGGACGAGCUGAGCGGGCGGAUCCAGGCCGAGGAGGCGGAGCGGGGCCGGCUGCAGGCGCGGAUCGCGACGCUCUCCCGGCGCUUGUCCGAUACCAGCGAGAGCCUGGCCGGGCUCCGGUCCACCCGAGCCCACAUCGACCGCACCAUCGCCGAGAUGGACAUAGCCUCCGGGGAGGGCGCGAGGGAAUCACUGAAUCUGAAUAACCUGAGGUGGACAAGGAUACCCAGCCCAGCCCCUGUCCCUGCCCAACAGCCCCACCCUGGGCAUCCCUGGCAGCGCUGGCCAAAGGCUCCUGGAGCUCUGGCAGCCUCGGGGCCGUGCCCAUUCCCUGGGGAGCCUGGGCAGUGCCAGCACCCUCUGGGGGAAGAGCCUUGCCCUGAGCUCCAACCUAACGGUGUGUCAGGGGAGGUUUGGGAUAUACAUACAUACACAUAUACAUAUGUGUGUAUGUAUGUAUGUGUGAGCUCAGUCUGUAUUUACCUGAAGGUCGGUCGGGAGCACCUCCAUGAACCACCACUCCUCCCUGGGUCAUAGCCCUGCAGCCAAAACAACUUCCCAGGCCCGGGAUGCAGCUCUGGCACACAGACCCCAUCAUGAGAGGGUUGGGAUGGGGCUUGUUUUGGUGCUGCUUGGGCUUGGGGAAAGUUUAUUGUCAAAAUACAUUUAAAAUAGCUUUUGGAACAGACCCCUAAAAAUUACCAUCUCAGACCCAUGGUUUGGGGGGAGAGGAGGAAACCAGAGACAUGACAGUGACCCACAAUCCUGCUAAUUCAGGCAGAGAACAAUGGUGCUGAUGGAGCUGUUGGCCUUCCACUCUUCCAGCCCAAUAUUUAGUGUCGUUUCUUUCAUCUUUAAUAGAACAAUGUCAUUAAAAGAGUCAAAUUGUUGGGGCAGUACAGCACAAGGGCUGGCACUGUCAUUUUGGUUCCUGAGACAGCUCUACCCAUUCCCUUCUGUGUGUUACUGCCAGGCAGGGACUGCUUGAUCCCCACAGACAGGGCCACAGCUGUGGCCAGAAGUCACUUCUGUAUGACACACCAACAGCUUUUAGUUCUUUAAAAAAGGAUCUUCCCAGCCUCUUUUCAGAUAAGUAACAAUCUUCCUUCUCAUGGUGACCAGGCAGAGGUUGUGUCAGAAACACCUUUCCCCUAUUAGCUGCUGCCUAAAUUCUCCUCCCAUUUGCAUUUUGAAUAUGACCAACUACUGUGUCAGCUCCUCUUCCUCUCUCAAAGUCAGUGCUUGCCCCUGGCAAUCACUUUUCAGAUGAAGCUGGAGAUGUUUCCUCGACCUCCUUCAAGACCUGAUGGUUUGAAGUGAAAUGGGAAACUCACAGAAAAGUUUAAAAGCUUAAAAACUAUGUUGUAUGGUACAGAAACAGCCCCUUUAAAAACAAAGCUUACCUGAGAUCCAAGUCACACCCCCAGCCUACAGAUGAAUUCCUGUUUAUUGACAUGAACUGACACCCACAGGAGGCAGAAAGAGGCUGUGAGGAGGAGAUGCUGGUGUCCUACAGACAGAAAGUAACAGAAUUCCUUUCCUGGUUUGUUACUCCUUGCCUUCCGCCACCCCCACAGGAUUUCACCUUCCUCCAGCACCUCGUCCUGUGGGGCACUCCCUCAGCUCCUCUCUGAUCACUUGCUGAUUUCCACAAAUUCACAAGAACAUAAAUUAUUUUUGGGACUAUAACCAUCACAUUUGGUUACAGUUGUCCACUGUGUUAAAAUUUUUAACUGGUGAGGUGGACAGGCAGCAAGGUCUCCUAAAUAUGUUGUAGCUUAGAGCACGGGAAGUAGGGAUGUUAGAUUAUGUACACAGUGAGCUAAAAAUAGGAGAAAAUUAAUAACAGAUCUAGUCUGACAUAAGGUCACUGGAGAUUUGAGUUAGUCGUGAAGCCAGAAACCCAAAAUGUGCAGUUUUAACAGUGGAAAAGAGUUGAAACUGGGUCAGUUGAGCACAAUUUAAUACUGACCUAAAAAACCCAGGUACCAAAUCUCCCUUAAAAAAAAACCAGCCAACCAACCAAAAAACACCAACCAAAACCCCCAGUCUGCUUCAGGAAGAUCUCUGCCUCUGCUCCAAGGCAGAUAAAUUGCUUAAGGCCUUUCAUAUUCAGAAUAUGAACACAAACCAGAGAAAUUGGCCCACAGAUAUUCCCACACUGAGACAGGACAAUAAAUCACCAGGAAUUAGAGGCUGAAAGGCUGGAUAGCCCCUCUUGCUGCAAGGCAGAUCAGCUGAAUUGGAAGGGAAUUCAUAAGAGAAACAGUUUGUGUAAAAAUAAGCUAUUUUUAUUUCUU